CAGUCCAACUGGUGCAACCAGUCCAACCAGUUUAACCAGUUUAACCAGUCCCACCAGUCCAACCAGUCCAACCAGUUCCCAGCUCCCCACGGGACCCCCAAGCCAUCCCCUGCAGGUGCUGCUGCUGUUGCACCCCCAGGUACCUGUUCCAGGUGUGUCCCACCCGAGCCGGGGCCAUCCCGGGGGCGGUGACGUCGGCGAUUCUCCACAUCCGCCUCAGUUUUGGGGCCGUUCUUUUGACACGAAGUUGGGAAAGGGUUAAAAACCAGGAAGGAAGGGGCGGGGCUUGGGAAGGCUCCGGUGAAAGUGAAAGUGUUCAUUGAUUUUGACAAUGAGUUUCGUGUACCCUGAGGAGGUCCUUGAGGAGAGGGGAAAGAGCCCCGGGAGUGCCGGGAACAGCGGGAGGAGAGCCCGGAGUGGGGGAGAAGGGUCUGGAAGCGGGGAGAGCCUGAGCUGAGGAGAUUCCAGAGGUGGGGAGAUCCCAGAGCUGAGGAGAUCCAGGAGCUGAGGAGAUCCCAGAGCUGAGGAGAUCCUGGAGCUGAGGAGAUCCCGGAGCUGAGGAGAGCCCGGAGCUGAGGAGAUCCCAGAACUGAGGAGAUCCCGGAGCUGAGGAGAUCCCAGAGCUGAGGAGAUCCCGGAGCUGAGGAGAUCCCGGAGCUGAGGAGAUCCCGGAGCUGAGGAGAUCCCGGAACUGAGGAGAUCCCAGAGCUGAGGAGAGACCGGAGCUGAGGAGAGCCCGGAGCUGAGGAGAUCCCAGAGCUGAGGAGAUCCCGGAGCUGAGGAGAGCCCGGAGCUGAGGUGAUCCUGGAGCUGAGGAGAUCCUGGAGCUGAGGAGAUCCUGGAGCUGAGGAGAUCCCAGAGCUGAGGAGAUCCCGGAGCUGAGGAGAGCCCGGAGCUGAGGAGAUCCUGAGCCAGGAUGGGGUUGUUUCUGAGCCGCUCUGUGGAGAUCCAGAUCUCCAACAACACCAAGAAUGUCACCCUGAAGGACUCCAGGACAUUCCUUAACUGUGGCCGCUGCUCCAAGUCCCCCCUGCCAGAGCUGUCCCCUGGCCUCAGUGACACCUGCUGCUUCUCAGGUAGCUCCCCUAUCUCGGGCGUGGCUGGGAUCCUGGUCUACGAGGCCGAGUCCUUCACCUUGGCCGUCCACUUCGCCAACCCCUCUGACUACAACCGAUCCUCCGUGGAGCUGGGCUUGGAGCUGUCCCCAGGUAAGGCUCACCUGGGCAAACUGGGGACCACCUACCGCCGCAUGGCCUAUGGAACUUACUCCAGCUCCUGCCAGGACAUCAAAUUCGCCCGCGAUGUCACGGACAAGAGCCACGGGACCGCCCAGCUGAGCCACGGCCCCGUCAAGGUGAUGGCCACCAUGUCCUGUGACACGAGCUCCACAAUCAAGGUGGUGCUGGAGGAACAGAGGGGAUCGGGGGAGGAAGCCGAGGGAGAGAAACCCUGGGACACCCAGGGAGAUGAGUUCAAGAGAACUGAGACGCUGCGGGACGUUCUUCAGGACCUCAAGCGCACAGACAGCCUGAGAGUCCUGCAGGCAUCACCAGAACCCGUAGACACCUCUAGAACACCUUAGAUGCCUCUGGAAUCCCAUAAGCACAUCUAGAACCCCAUAGACAUACCUAGAUCCUGGCAGACACUUCUAGAACCCCACAGGCACCUCUAGAACCCAUCAGUUCAUCUAGAACCACUUAAGCACCACUAGAACACCAGAGACACUGCCAGAACCCUGUAGGCACCUCUAGAACCCCACUGGCACCACUAGAACCCCAAGGCACUGCUAGAACCCUGUAGGCACCUCUAGAACUCUGUAGGCACCUCUAGAACCCCACUAGCACCUCUAGAACCUAGUAGGCACCUCUAGAACCCCGUAGGCACCUCUAGAACCCCGUAGGCACCUCUAGAACCCCUCACAGACCUGAGGAACCUUCAGCAGAACCUCGCGGGCACCAGGAGAACCUCGGGGGAACCACCAGGACCUUCUGGACACCCCUGGACCCUCAUGGACCCCCCAGGUCGGGCUGUCCCAGCCACCCCCAAUUUGGGGUGUCCCACCCCGACCUCCCUCGCUCCAUUUCUGCUUUGCUCAAUAAAAUGGGAAUUUCCCCCAC